AUGGUGCCGUCGGGGCAGCCCAACCCGUUGGGCGGCCCGGGCCAGCAGCAGGUGGGCGCGUCGCUGCUCCGGACCAGCUCCAGCCUCCUCGGCGGCGGCGGCGCCGGCGCCGGUGGUGGCCAGCCCGGGAUGGGGAUGGGGAUGGGCGGCGGGGUGCUCCCGUCGCAGUCGCCCUUCUCGUCCCUCGUCUCGCCGCGCACGCAGUAUGGCGGCGGCGGGAACGGGUUGCUGGCGGGCGCGUCCAGUGUCGCGUCCAUGCUCAGCAGGCAGCAGUCGUAUGGGAAUGGGGGGACUGGGGCAAUGCCGGGCACCGGUGCCGGUCUCCCGAUCGGUGGGAUGCAGCACAGAGGCGGCCUUGAUGGUGUUGGUGAUUUGGUUGGCACUGGAGGGCCGGAUUCCAUGGUGUUCUCGCCCUCCGGCCCUGGUAGUUCGGGCAACCAGCUUGGUGCUGACGGCUUACAGCAGCAGCAGCAUCUGGAUGCACCGCAAGAUUCACGGAAUCAACAACAGCAGCAACAGCAAAUGCCAUUGGCAUAUAAUCAGCAGCAUAUGAUGCGACAACCUCAGCAGCAGCAGCAGCAGCAGCCGCAGCCGCAGCCUGCGGUGAAGUUGGAGAACGGAGGCGUCCUUGGUGGGGUCAAACUGGAGCAGCAGAUGGGGCAGCCUGAUCAGAGUGUUUCCACACAGAUGCUGCGCUGUUCGAGCGGCGAACCCCAGGCUGCAGCUACUCAGUUGAGCCUCCUACAGCAGCAGCAACGGUUCUUGCAGCUGCAGCAGCAACAACAGCAACAGCAGCAGAUUCUCAAGAACCUGCCUUUGCAGAGAAACCAAUUGCAGCAACAGCAACAACAGCAGCAGCAGCAGCAACAACAACAGCAACAUCAGCACCAGCAGUUGCUUCAACAACAAAGUCUAAAUAUGCGAACUGGUAAAACACCUGCUUAUGAACCAGGGACCUGUGCAAAGAGAUUGACACAUUACAUGUAUCACCAGCAAAACAGGCCACAGGACAAUAACAUCGAGUACUGGAGAAACUUUGUCAAUGAAUACUUUGCCCCAAGUGCCAAGAAGAGGUGGUGUGUUUCUCUGUAUGGCAAUGGUCGUCAAACCACCGGAGUUUUCCCUCAGGAUGUUUGGCAUUGUGAGAUAUGCAAUAGGAAGCCAGGGCGAGGUUUUGAAACGACGGUUGAGGUCUUGCCACGGUUGUGCCAAAUCAAAUAUGCCAGUGGUACACUUGAGGAGCUUCUGUAUGUUGAUAUGCCAAGAGAGUCCCAGAAUUCAUCUGGACAGAUUGUUUUGGACUAUACCAAAGCGAUCCAGGAGAGUGUCUUUGAGCAACUGCGAGUAGUUCGUGAGGGGCAUCUAAGAAUUGUAUUCAACCAAGACCUGAAGAUUGCAUCGUGGGAGUUCUGUGCCCGGCGUCACGAGGAACUUAUUCCUCGGAGAUCAAUCAUACCACAGGUCAGUCAACUUGGUGCUGUGGUGCAAAAGUACCAGUCUUCGGUUCAAAGUUCAGCGUCACUCUCAAGUCAGGACUUGCAAAACAAUUGUAACUCGUUUGUCGCAUGUGCUCGCCAGUUGGCUAAGGCACUGGAAGUGCCAUUGGUAAAUGAUUUAGGAUACACGAAAAGAUAUGUCCGCUGCCUCCAGAUUGCAGAGGUUGUCAAUUGUAUGAAAGAUUUGAUCGAUCACAGCAGGCAGACUGGAUCUGGUCCAAUAGAGAGCUUGCAUAAAUUCCCUAGGAGGGGGAAUUCAGGGGUUAGUUCUGUUCAAGCCCAGCAGCCAUCUGAGGAGCAGAAACCCGUUCCACAGAAUUCUAACCAGAGUGGUCAAAAUUCUGCUCCUGCAACUGGAAUGCAAGUCUCUGCCUCUGUCAAUGGUGAUGCUACGUCAAGACUCAAUUGUGCACCAUCUACUUCCGCACCAUCUUCUUCAUCUGUUGUUGGUCUCCUCCAAGGCUCAGUAAGUGGCAGACAAGACCAUCCAACAAGCAGUGGCAAUGGUCUGUAUAAUGGUGGAAACAGUGCUUCAGUUGCUAAGGCCAACUCAACGAACUCCAUGCAAUCAAAUGGACCAGCGUCAUUUCUUUCGCCAGCACCCUCAGCAUCAAAUGGCAAUAUGAUGCCUGCUCCUCAGCACUCAAGCCAAAUGAAUUCACCAACCAUGUCAUCAAACCCACCUCCUAUGCAAACACCUACAAGUCGACCUCAGGAACCUGAGCCAAAUGAGUCUCAAAGCUCGGUCCAGAGGAUAUUGCAAGACUUGAUGAUGCAAUCCCAUAUUAAUGGUGUUGGACCAGUGGGAAGCGAUAUGAGGAGAGCAAACACAAUUACUCCUGGUCUGAACGGUGUCAACUCCUUAGUUGGUAACCCUAUGACAAAUAACCCUGGAAUCAAUGGAAUGGGAUUUGGGGCUAUGAUGGGUGGCCUUGGUCAACAAAUGAGAACAGCAAUGGGAAACAACGCAUUGGCAAUGAAUGGAAGGACCGGGAUGAAUCACAGUGCGCAUGACCUGACACAGUUGAGCCACCAGCAGCAACAGCGAGAUUUAGGAAACCAAUUGCUCGGGGGCCUUAGAGCAGCAAACAGCUUCAAUAACCUUCAAUACGACUGGAAGUCGGCUCAGUAG